UCUUAUAUAAGUCUUAGUUUUUUUUUGGACCUCUGUUUUUUCUUGUCCUUAUGUUGUGGAGUGAAUAUGACUGUUGUUGGUGGAAUAAUGAAUUUGUACUGAGAAAGCAAAUAAACAGUUACAGUUGCAGAGAAAAAGGUCAGUGAGAGUUUAGAUUUGCUUUGAUGCCUUUAAAAUCUCUCUUUUUCCGCUUAAGCUUUUCCUAUUUUCUGACUUCUGUAGUACUGUACCCGUUUUUUUUUUUUUUUGUUUCUUUGGAUUUUUAACUUUUCACAUUUGUUUUUUGCAUGUUUAGUUUUUUUUUGGUUAAAUUUUUUACUACGUGAGUUAUUGAGGUUUUCAGCAAUAGGUGCCUCUAAAUAAUCCCAUAUUUUUAAAAAACAAGACUAUAUUUUUGGGGAAAUAAAGUUAGCGUUUAAUAUUCAAAUGAAAGCUCAUUACUUAGUGUUAUUUUAAUUGUUCUUUCUAGUCAAACCGUUUUUUUGUUUGUUUUGUGUGUGUUCAAAAGGAUAUUUAACUGUUAACCAUUAUAAAUGCGGAAGUACCCCCUACACUCUUUUCCUUAACUCUCUCUUUAACUUUGCUGAAUCCCAUAUUCGAGAAAACUCUCAAAUCCAUCAGUCUCCUAGCAAGAUCAGAAGUCUAAGAAUCUUCAGGCAAAUGUCUCGACUGAGAAACUCGGCACAGUUGCAGCUAUCGAAAAAGGAAAGUCUUGGAGACAACGGAGGCGCGUUGAACACCACGCGUUCCUCUAGACAGAAACAGGGGAAAUACGGUUUCACGAGGAAGUGUGGGAGAUUGGUGAAAGAACAAAGAGCUCGCUUUUACAUCAUGAGGAGAUGCGUCGUUAUGCUUAUUUGCUGGACUGAUCAUAAUAAUAACAACUCUGACCACUCCUAAAUCAACGUCAAAACCCUAUCUUUCUCUUCUUUUUCUUGCUUCUGUUUUGAACUUUAUUUUAAGAGUAGAUUAGACACAAAAUGUACAUAAAUGAUUCUACUUCUGGUUGUAAUUUAGAUUUGAAUGUUUGUGUUUGUGUUUGCUUUUGGUCAUCACUCAUCAGUUUCAGUGUAUGCACUUGAACAUGUAGAGGAUAGAAAGCAAUUAGUAUAAAAUGGUGAAUUAGAUUCGUUUUUCUU